AUGAAGUUAGUCGUUUGUGUAAUUAUCGACAAGGAAGUCGAUGCUUUACUUCUCGUCGAACAAAGUCUUGGACGUGGCUACUGGUUUCCAUUCGAUGAAAUCAAACCAGGCGAAACUCGAGCAAUUACUGCUAAACGCAUUGCCAGCAAAAUAUGUCCGUACGAUUUUGAACUGGUCAAUGUCAUCAAAGUUCGUUGCAGUGAUCUAUUACCAUGUUUGCCCAGUACACAAACUUAUUACCUAUUAACAAAAGGACGAUUGAUGCGUGGUAAUGCAUCAAAUUUAGUCAAUUCAAUUUGGAUGAACCUUGAACGAAUGAAGACAGCUGUCAAAAAUCGAGAAUUACUUGGACUUGAACCAUUUUAUUUAUUAAAAACUGUUCUCGAACGACAACAAACCAAUGGUUGGGAUGAUUUCAUAUCCGGUGGACAAAUCUUUGAAGAACCUAUCCUUCAAUUUAUUGAUUGUAAACAACCCGAUCCAAAUAAUCAAUUAGUUGCUUCUCCGCAAGAACAACUAAUGGGUUCUGCUAAAUUUAACAUUAAACUACAAGAACGUGUUUUCAAAGAAUUUUAUUCAUAUACAUUUCCAAGUGAAUAUAUGAGUUACCAAGCAUUUAUAGAAGCAAUGGAUAAUAAACUAUCAUCAGCAGAGAAAGUGAAAAUGCAAGCAUACUUUCGAGCAUUUGACGCUCAGCAAAAAUCCUACUUAACUUACUCAGAUUAUUUACUAGGAUUAGCGGCAAUGGAUCCCAGUACUUCACAUGGAGCACCGGCUGAACAACGAUGUCGUUAUAUAUUUCGGUUUUAUAAUAUCAAAAAUAAUGGUAACAUGUCCAUUGAUGAAUUUCGAGAACUCCAUAGCGAUGUGCAAAAUCUUAAAGCUGGUAAAGCGAAUAAUGAUGUACCACCCUACAGUGAAAUUCUAUCGGCGUUCAAUUCGUUUAAUGUCCAAACGAAUAAUCAAUUGCAAUUAACAGAUUUUUUGAAUUCUGUUGGUCAGUUGAAGUAUCGCGGAACAUCAGUUCUCUUUCGAUUGGCGACAAAUGUUCAAGAUCUGCUCCGCAUGUGCAAACGAUACAAAGAUGUGAAAGCUGAUAAUCAAAAUGAUCGAGCUCAAUCAAAUUUCAAUUAUGAAAUAGCCGAUCAUUGUGUUACAUUAAAGAAAUCGGGGACACUUGCUCAAGUAGAAUCUCUACGUUCGAUGAAUCGUAGUGAUCAAUUGAGUACAACAACUGAAUACGCAUUGCGAAAUAUUCCUCGUUCACCAUCUGAAGAGAUUUUUGACCGAAGAACAGUAGCAACGGAUAUUCAAGAUUUGUUAAGAUUUUUCGAGAAACGUGAUCAAUCAAAAGACGCAUUGGUUUGGACGCCGAGCAUCUUUAUUAAUUUAGCUAAAAACGUUGUGACUCUAUGCAAAGAAGUGAGAGACAUUUUCCGACGUGAACCACGUUGUUUGAAAAUCUCGUCUCCAUGUUAUGUUCUUGGUGAUAUCCACGGAAAUUAUCAAGAUUUAGUGUGUUUCGAGAAAUCCCUCUGGCGUGCUACUCCAUUGUUGUCACCGGCAUCCUUUCUUUUUCUUGGUGAUUAUGUUGAUCGUGGAAUACAUGGACUUGAAGUGAUUAUUUACCUUCUAGCAGCGAAAUAUCAAUGUCCAAAGAAGGUUUUAUUACUUCGUGGAAAUCAUGAAAUUAGGAAAGUUCAACAAAUGUUUAGUUUCUAUAAGGAAUGUAUGAGCAAAUUUGGUGACACGCUCGGCAAAGAAGUAUGGGAUGCAAUCAAUUCGGUGUUUGAUGUUCUACCGUUAGCUGCUGUCAUUGAUGAUAAAAUUCUUUGCGUACAUGGUGGUAUUCCAAGCCCAGUGUCAUGUCCAGGUGAUUUCGUAUUUGCUGUCAAUGAUAUUGCUGUACCAUUAAGUGACCCAGAAAAUGAAUCACCAUUAGCCUGGGAAAUUAUGUGGAAUGAUCCAUUUUCUAUUGAUACGAAUGCAGCUGCUCAGUUACCUAUAGGGGUGAAUGGAGGCUUUUUCAAUAAUACACGACGAAGUACCGGAAAUUACUUUACAAGUGAAGCAUUAAUGACUUUUCUUGAAAAAAAUAAUUUUACACACGUCAUACGCGCUCAUGAAGUACAACAAGUCGGAUUCAAAGUACAACUGAGUGGGCGUUUAUUAACAGUGUUUUCUUCAUCUCAUUAUUGCGGUGGAACCAACGAAGCUGCGACAGUACUCGUCGAUGCCGCUAAGCUACGUUUGAUUAGACUUGAUACCACAUAA